UGGAGUCAUGUGUAGAAGUUCACGCAAGUGAGGAAAGUUCUCUGAUCGCCAUUCACUUGGGAGUGGCCAGAAACGAUUCUUUUACACAUGGCUCAAGCAGCUCACUACUUCCGGUCUUUGACCAAGUAUCCUCUGGGUAGCCUAAGAACAUCCGUUCGAAGGCGAGCUAAAGUGAGAAGGCGAAACAUUCCCUACAAGGGUUGUGCGCUGGGUUUGGGACCCGCCACGUAAAAAACACCCCCAGUGAAGAGCUACAACCAGUCUCGGAUGAGAGACCCCCCUUUUUAUGACGACCAUGGCAAACGAAAUAAGGACUACGAAUUGAGGGCAUGCACCUGGAAUGUCCGAACCCUUAAUUGGGAAGGUGCCGCUGCCCAGCUGGUUGAUGUCCUCGUAAAGACAAAGGCUGACAUCACCGCCGUCCAAGAAAUGCGAUGGACGGGACAAGGACAGAGACGAGUAGGUCCUUGUGACAUUUACUACAGUGGCCAUAUAAAGGAGCGCAAGUUUGGUGUAGGAUUCGUGGUGGGAGAGAGACUCCGUCGCCGAGUACUAUCAUUCACUGCGGUGAAUGAACGUCUAGCCACAAUCCGCAUCAAAGCGAGGUUCUUCAACAUAUCGCUGAUUUGCGCCCACGCCUCGACGGAAGAGAAGGACGAUGUGACCAAAGAUGCCUUCUAUGAGCGCUUGGAGCGCGCUUAUGAGAGCUGCCCCCGCCACGAUGUCAAAAUCGUGCUUGGCGACUUUAACGCCAGGGUGGGCAAAGAAGGUAUCUUUGGCACUACGGUCGGUAAAUUCAGCCUCCACGACGAAACAUCCCCAAAUGGGUUGAGACUGAUCGACUUCGCCGGGGCCCGAAAUAUGGUUAUCUGUAGUACUAGAUUCCAGCAUAAGAAGAUUCAUCAAGCUACCUGGCUGUCUCCGGAUCGAAAAACUACCAACCAGAUCGAUCAUGUUGUGAUAGACGGAAGACACGUCUCCAGUGUUUUAGAUGUGCGUGCGCUCCGAGGUCCUAACAUCGACUCGGACCACUAUCUUGUUGCAGCUAAGAUUCGCACCCGCCUCUGUGCAGCAAAAAACGCGCGCCACCAAACACAAGGAAGGUUCGACGCCGAGAAGCUGCAAUCACAACAGACAGCCGAACGAUUUUCUACUCGGCUCGCACUCCUGCUCUCUGAGAGCACUCGUCAACAACUCGGUAUAAGGGAACUGUGGGACGGCAUUUCAAACUCCUUACGUACAGCUGCAACCGAAACCAUUGGUUUUCGGAAAGUGACAAAGAACAGCUGGUACGACGAGGAGUGCCGUGUCGCAGCGGAGAGAAAACAGGCUGCCUACCUCGCAACGUUACGAUCGACCACUACACGUGCGGGAUGGGAUAGAUACCGAGAGUUGAAGAGGAAGCGAGACGCAUUUGUAGACAGAAGAAGAAAGAGGCUGAAAUGCGUGAGUACGAAGAGCUUGAUAAGCUGGCCGACAGGGGUAAUGCUCGAAAAUUCUACGAAAAAAUGCGGCGGCUUACGGAAGGUUUCAAGACCGGAGCGUAUUCCUGUAGAACCCCCAAAGGUGAUCUAGUCACUGAUGCCCAGAGCAUACUUAAAUUAUGGAGGGAACACUUCUCCAGCCUGCUGAAUGGCAGUGAACGCACAACACCAGGAGAAGGAGAACCCGAUUCCCCAAUCGAUGACGAUGGAGCAGACGUUCCAUUACCCGACCAUGAAGAAGUUCGAAUAGCAAUUGCCCGCCUCAAGAACAACAAAGCGGCAGGGGCCGACGGAUUGCCGGCCGAGCUAUUCAAACACGGCGGCGAAGAACUGAUAAGAUGCAUGCAUCAGCUUCUUUGUAAAAUAUGGUCGGACGAAAGCAUGCCCAACGAUUGGAAUUUAAGUGUGCUAUGCCCAAUCCAUAAAAAAGGAGACCCCACAAUCUGCGCCAACUACCGUGGGAUUAGCCUCCUCAACAUCGCAUAUAAGGUUCUAUCGAGCGUAUUGUGUGAAAGAUUAAAGCCCACCGUCAACAAACUGAUUGGACCUUAUCAGUGUGGCUUCAGACCUGGCAAAUCAACAGCCGACCAGAUAUUCACCAUGCGCCAAAUCUUGAAAAGACCCGUGAAAGGAGAAUCGACACACACCACCUCUUCGUCGAUUUCAAAGCUGCUUUCGACAGCACGAAAAGGAGCUGCCUUUAUGCCGCGAUGUCUGAAUUUGGUAUCCCCGCAAAACUAAUACGGCUUUGUAAACUGACGUUGAGUAACACCAAAAGCUCCGUCAGGAUCGGGAAGGACCUCUCCGAGCCGUUCGAUACCAAACGAGGUUUCAGACAAGGCGAUUCCCUAUCGUGCGACUUUUUCAACCUGCUUUUGGAGAAAAUAGUUCGAGCCGCAGAACUAAAUAGAGAAGGUACCAUCUUCUAUAAGAGUGUACAGCUGUUGGCGUAUGCCGAUGAUAUUGAUAUCAUCGGCCUCAACACCCGCGCCGUUAGUUCUGCUUUCUCCAGGCUGGACAAGGAAGCACAGAAAAUGGGUCUGGCAGUGAACGAGGGCAAGACGAAAUAUCUCCUGUCAUCAAACAAACAGUCGUCGCAUUCGCGACUUGGCUCUCACGUCACUGUUGACAGUCAUAACUUUGAAGUCGUAGAUAAUUUCGUCUAUCUUGGAACCAGCAUAAACACCACCAACAAUGUCAGCCUAGAAAUCCAACGCAGGAUAACUCUUGCCAACAGGUGCUACUUCGGACUGAGUAGGCAAUUGAGAAGCAAAGUCCUCUCUCGACAAACAAAAACCAAACUCUAUAAGUCACUCAUAAUUCCCGUCCUGCUGUAUGGUGCAGAGUCUUGGACGAUGUCAACAACGGAUGAGUCGACGUUGCGAGUUUUCGAGGUUUCGAGUUCACUCGAGCUCUGAAAGUAUUCGACGCAGUACCCGAUGGGGAAGCAGAGGAAGAGGAAGACCUCCACUCCGUUGGAAGGACCAAGUGGAGAAGGACUGAGUUGUGAGGUUUACUUUGUGAGGUUAUUCUUGCUCAAACCACACAGGAAAAAAGCACAAAACACUUACCACUUGAAAUGAAAAGCACUUUGCUGUGAACCAGCUGUUUUACAAAAACAAACAAGACAAAAUAAAGAAAUGGAGAGCCAGGAAGGCACAAAAGACAUAGAUGAAAUCGUUUCUUGUCUAAAGAAUACUGCAAAAAAAGAAAAGUGAUGAAAAGUAUUGAAUUAUACACUGAUGACAUCUUUUAUUAUACCAUGCUCAGACCGACACUUGAUCACACGAUUUCGGCUGUUGAAUGGAUUAUCCCACUAAUCUUAAAAAUUUAUCAAGAUUUCGCCAUACAAAAAUGACAGUUCCAAAUCACUUCAUUGAAAUGAUUUGAAACUGAUCCACGCUAAAUCUCUCUGUGCGACUCUGAUUUUGCGCAAUCUACUUGUCAGCACUGGAAAUCUUUACAUUAUCACAGCUGAUGCUGAAUGCUGAAUGUAAACAAACAAGACAAAGAAGACAAAAAAAUAAAACUAAAAAUUGCCGUUGAUUACAAAUCAAAUUACAAAGUAAAAAAAAUAUGGAAAAAACUCAAAAAAAGAAACGAGUUAUGUGGAGUGAGGCUGCCGGGGCCGACUUAAUCGAGGUGUGGCAACAAAAAAUGCCAGAGCUGCGAUCAACGCGGAAAAAUAACCACAUAUACGAGGAAAUGUCAUGUAUGAUGCUUUUGGCUGGACACGAAUAUACGUCCAGUGAGAUUAAAAUUAAAUUGUACAAUUUUACCAACAAAUACAGACAAGAAAAGCAGAAAAUUGGCCCAUCGGGUGGCUCCCCUAGUCGGUGGAAAUAUUAUGAGGCGGUCCACCAAGCAGUAGGUGGUUUCAAAAGUUUUUGUUCCGCCGAACUUGUAGAGGAUAGCAUUGUGGUUGACAUGGAACCAAUUUACAUUGAGGACGAUGCAUAAGGAGAGCCGCCGCUCCCAAGCCCAAGCGAUGGACCUUCUACGUCGCGUGGUUGCGCUCGGCCAUCAUCAAGCGAUGCUGUAAAAAAGAAAAAAUCAGGGUUAACAAUAAUGGAGGAAAUGAAGGAUGACUUAUUAAAGGCGACUGAGGCGAUGAAGGCAGCCGAUGAAAAGCGUCUUUCUCUCCUACAAGAAUAUAUAAACGAUUCAAAUGAAGUGAAGGAUGCUUUCAUCGACUUCCUUCGUCGCCAAAACUAGAUUCAAAAGUAUGUGAAUGAAAAUGAAAAUAUAUAUGUAUUAUAUAAAAUAUAUAUAUAAAUGAAUACGAAAAUGAAAAAUAAAUAUAAACAUGUAAAUGAA